AUGCCGUUGAUUCCACCUCAACUACUACGAGAUCCACAACCCCAGCACUUUGACCGGCUGAGGGAGAGGGUGGCAUAUGCCCGUUACCGUUACAAUCUUAACCUAGCGGCCCUGGUUGCCCUGGUGGCAGAAGAAGAAAGACGUGCGGAGCUCCUGCGCAGAAAAAGAAGAUGGUGGCUCAUGAAUGAGCUCAGAAGGGAAAGCCCGGCAGACUUCAAGUCUUUCCUCCGGGUGGAGCCAGAUCUGUUUUUAGAGCUGGUACAACGAGUUGGUCCCAGGAUCGAGAAGAGUAAAAAAGGCAGACCCCCCUUGCAGCCUGGCUUGAAGCUCGCGAUCACCCUGCGCUUCCUUGCCACGGGCAACUCUUUCCGGUCUCUGGAGUUCAGCUUUAGGGUGGCCCACAACACCAUUUCUAUAUUCAUCCCCGUGGUGUGCCAGGCCAUCGUUGACGAAUACAGGCAGAAAGUUUUCAAAACUCCAUCCACCCCUGAUGAGUGGCGGCGCGUGGCCCAGGUCUUCCAGGAUCGCUGGAACUUUCCCCAUGUUUGCGGAGCGGUUGACGGCAAGCACGUGGCCACCCGGAAGCCGGCUCACAGUGGUAGUACAUACUACACUUACAAAGGCUACUACAGUAUCGUCAUACUAGUGCUCGCCGACGGUGAAUACAAAGCUCUCUGGGCUGACGUUGGUUCACAGGGCUCCGAUUCCGACUGCGGCAUUUUCAACAGGUCCGGGCUCCUCCGUUCUCUCAUCACUGGCACCAUCGGCUUCCCGCCUCCUGAGCCCCUGCCCAACGACGAUCGAGACUCAGGGUUUUUCCUCCUGGGAGAUAAUGCGUUCCCCCUCCGUGAGUUCAUGCUCAAGCCCUUCUCUAAACGAUAUCUCAACCGUGAGGAGAUGGUGUGCAACUACAGGUUAUCUCGGGCAAGGAGGGUGGUGGAAAAUCUCUUCGGCAUCAUGGCCAAGCGCUUUCGGUGCCUGCUGACAACGUUGGACGUCGAGCCAGAACGAGCCAUGACAAUCAGCAAUGCCUGCAUAACACUGCACAAUCUCCUGAGGGCCCGUUAUGGUCUCGCGCCACGUGAAGCUGAUGAAGAAGAUGACCAGAACCAGCUGAUGCCUGGGGCCUGGAGGACAGAUGCCGUCAUGCGGGAGGUGGAGGACCAGGCCCGUGCACCACGCGCCAAUGCAGCCGGCCAAGCCCUACGCUCAACCUUCAAGGCGUACUUUAACUCUGAUGCAGGGAGUGUCCCAUGGCAACUGCCUAUUCUCGGAUUUCAGUAG